AUGGGUUCAUACGUCGUGUGGAGUGCUUUGCCCUUCAUUCUCGUCAAAUAUGCUUGGGUAUCCAUCAGAGAAAGUUGUGAAUCAAGGAAGCACGAAGAGCUUGGCAGAGAAGGACCUGACGCAGCUGACGAAUGGUGGACAUUACCACGACAUCGUGGCAGGAUCGCAAGAAAUAAGGAAUCUCGAGUAAAGAAGAAGCAUAAAAAAGGCAUCUCCGAUAGCGACGCGGUUCAGACAUUGCUGGCGAGAUAUCUCCAACGCCGUCUUCAAAGUAGUUCACAAAUAUCGACUCCCCCACCUCCCUCGGUUAUCUUCAGUUUGGCGCAACAAAAUCAACGUUCUAAGAGCCGCCAGGCAGCUCAAACUAAUAAUAUAUCACCGUUGCAUUCACUGGAGGAAGAAGACACCGAUGAUAGGCAGAGAAACGAAAGACGCGAACGCAGGUACGAAUACGACGACUACGAGGAUGAUCUCGAGGGUUUUGAAGACAGCGACAAAAGCAGAACGCGGAUCAAUCUCCUUGCCGAUGACUGCCCGAACUGCGUCGAAGAACAUACGGGAAACCUCACACCAGCAAGAUGGACCAUGCCCUUGCUGAAACUCGGAGAAAAAAGAUAUUAUCUUGGAAUAUUCUUUAAGGCAAACUGGUACAGAGCAUCACAAUACUGCCGGUACCACGGGAUGCAUCUAGCGAGUAUCUCGUCGCAGGAAGAAAACGACAGAUUAGAGAAGCACAUAAAAGACUUUGGGCUGGGUCAUGAGCAUUUCUGGAUUUCCGGUACCGACCAGGCAGAGGAAGGCACCUUUUUCUGGAUGGCUAAUGGCAGGCCCAUCACAUUUGAGAACUGGAACGUAGGAGAACCAAAUAAUUUCCAAUACGAGAACGGCGAGGAAGAAGACUGUCUAGAGCUGUGGAACAGAGAUGGAAAGGGUCUGAAAUGGAACGACAGUCCUUGCAGUUUCGAGACUUUCUUCGUGUGUGAAGUGCAGUGAUGUUUUCAUAUUGAAUAUUGAACGAAGUCCCUCGGAAGUUGAAUAAAAAAGUUUUUUCCGAAACCCACUGACAUUAAUAGAAAUAAUAAUGAAAAACUGAAGGCGUUGAGCAAGAAAUUCGCUUCUUGUUCGGGUUGACGAGGAAAACGUUUACGCAAUUCUCGACCAAUCAUUUCACCGUUGCGUUCAAUGAACCAAGACUUCAAUCAACGAAUGAGGAUGAAUAUUUGUAAAACGUUUGCAAACAUUUCGUCGCUCCGGGACGAGAAUUUUCGCUGCUUUUACUUCUCAUCUCCGUUGUUUAUUUAUCGGGAAAGCAAACACUGCGUUCAAUCGCUAUAAUAGCGUUACACGCGAAUAAAAAACCAGUUCUUAGAAGUUAUUUUUCGUCCCUUUUAAUUAUAACGUUCAUCAUAAAAAGCCACCUUGUUGUUACCGUUCUUUUGUAAUGGAACUUGUGAAAAAAAUCUCGUUACGAAGGAUCGACUUUGCAUAUGACAGUUUUCGUGCUCUCAUCAAGCUCACUGUUUCAUUCACAACAGAAAAAAGCUUUUAGCUUGCACACCGUAUUCGAGUUUUAUAUAAACCGAUGUCCGGCUAUCUCUGUGAACAAAAAACUCGAUUACCUGUAUCGAUGUUUCAAUAAACCUUUGACCGCA